AUUCACCCAUCUUUUUUAUAAAGAGAAUUAUGAGAAUGAUGGGGUUUUCCAUGUAUCUUUUUGUUCUUCUUCCACAACUUUUCUUACGUUUUGGUCUUGCUGAAAAUCCGUCAGGAUUCACCAGUUUAACUUGUGGUGCUCCGAUGGGAACUAGCUUCCUAGAAAAAGCAACAAAUAUAACAUACAGCUCUGAUGCGCCUUACAUCGAUACCGGCAUUGGCAGGAGCAUCAAAUCAUCGUACCAGAGCAAAUCAGAGCAACAAACAUGGUACCUCCGGAGUUUUCCACAGAGCUCUAGAAGCUGCUAUACCUUCAACCUGACCACAGGCGAUAAGUAUCUGAUCAGGGCCAUUUUCUUCCAUGGUGGUUAUGACACAAGACCCUCUACUAAGUUCGAUCUCCACCUCGGGCCUAACAAAUGGGCGACAGUUUCAACCGCCGAGGAGACCAAGUCUGAAACAUUUGAAAUCAUACACAUAUUGGCCACUAGCAGGUUACAAGUCUGUCUCGUCAAAACAGAGGAUUCAACGCCAUUCAUCUCCGCUAUAGAGCUGCGUAAACUCACCAGCAAAGCGUACGCGAACGAGUCGGGGUCCUUGCAGACUUUCUUGAGAGCAGACAUUGGCUCCUUCUCUAAACAAUCUUUAAGGUACGGAUCUGGUGUCUAUGGAGCAGAUGUCUUUGAUCGUAUUUGGCUGCCAUACAACUCCGAAAACUGGUCACAGAUUAGAACCGAUAAUAGUGUAGACAACGAUAAUGGAUUUAAGGUGCCAGAAAAUGUUAUGGCCACGGCCUCUGUUCCAACAGACCCGGACGCUCAUAUGAACAUUUCGCUAACCGGUUUGCACCAGACAUCACGGUUCUACGUCUGCCUACACUUCUCAGAGAUCCAAGAGCUCAAUCCCAACGACACCAGAGAGUUAAAGGUGAUGUACAACGGAAGACUCAUCAUAGAGCCCUUUAAGCCAAUAAGUUUCUAUACUAGAUCCUUUUUCCGAGAUGAACUCGGUCCGAACGCAAAUGGACAGUGCACAUUUUCGCUUCAAAAGACUGCGAGUUCCACACUGCCUCCUCUGCUCAACGCCAUGGAGGUUUACAUGGUGAACUCUUUAUCGCAGAAUGAAACCGAUACAAAAGAAGUUGAUACGAUGAUAAACAUCAAGUUGAGUUGCGGCAUCAAUAAGGUUGAUCCAUGCGUACCGCGGGAUUACAUGUGGUCUGGUGUUAACUGCAGUUACAUUGACAGUGAGCAACCAAAGAUCAUUUCAUUGAACUUGACUACCCAUGGCUUAACCGGGGAGAUACAGGAAUCCAUAUCAAACCUAAGUAGUUUACAAGUUCUUGAUUUUUCUAACAACAGCCUGAUUGGUCCGGUCCCGGAAUUCCUAGCUCAUAUGACAAGUUUAAAAGUCAUAAAUCUGUCAAGCAAUUUGCUAUAUGGUUCAAUUCCUACGAGUCUCCUAGAUAAAGUGCAAAGAGGAUUGGUUUCACUGAGCAUCGAAGGAAAUCCUGGGAUAUGUUCCUCUGCUUCAUGCGCAACCACAAACAAGAAGAAGACGAAGAAGAAGACCAUGGUUAUUGCAUCAGUUGCAGCAUCAAUAUUUUUGAUCUUAGUCAUUGUUUUAGUUAUCCUCAAGAGGAGAGCCAAGCUUGGUCGUUAUCCCAGUUCUGAUCAUGAUGAUAAUAAUCUUCAGCAGUGCAAUAAUCAAAGUAGCUCCUCAGAAAUGGCAAACAACAUGUUCACAUAUGAAGACUUGGCGCAAGCGACCGAUAACUUCUCCAAUGUCAACUUCAUUGGCCAAGGCGGGUUUGGUUAUGUUCAUAAAGGAGUUCUUCCCGAUGGAACGGAGGUUGCGAUUAAGCAGCUUAAAGCUGGAAGCGGACAAGGGGAACGGGAGUUUCGGGCAGAGAUAGAGAUUAUAAGUAGAGUCCAUCAUAGGCAUCUUGUGUCCCUCCUUGGUUACUGCGUAAUCGGAACUCAAAGAUUGCUUGUCUAUGAGUUUUUGCCCAAUAAAACGCUGGAGUUUCAUUUGCAUGAAAAAAGGAGACCAUUGGAUUGGUCAAAGAGGAUGAAGAUUGCUUCCGGAGCAGCUAGAGGAUUGGCAUACUUACAUGAAGACUGUAACCCUAAAACUAUACACCGUGAUGUAAAGGCUGCUAAUGUUCUUAUCGAUGAUAGCUACGAGGCAAAGUUAGCAGAUGAAGAAAACAUCGUUGAUUGGGCAAAGCCUCUUAUGUUACAAGCCUUAAACACUGGAAACUACCAUGGUCUUGUUGACCCGAGACUGGAGAAAGAUUUUGACAUUAGCCAAAUCAAGAGAAUGGUUCUCUGCGCUGAUGCUUGUGUCCAACAUUCAGCAAAGCACCGACCAAAAAUGAGCCAGAUAGUUCGAGCAUUUGACAAGAGCAUAUCUCUAGAUGACCUAAUCCAAGGGGUUGCUCUAGGAGACAUCACUAGUUACAACUUAGACGGGAGCUCAGAUUAUACCUCAACGGAGUACAAAGAAGACGUGAAGAAAUUCAAGAGAUUGGUACUUGAAAGCCAAACAUUUGGUAGCAGCGAUUUGACCAGUGACAAUGCUCAGAGCUCAUCAGGCUCCUUCUGCAUCAAAUCUGAGACGUAGGAGACCCAAAUAAAAGAAACAUAUACACAUUUAUAUCCAAGCCACGUGAAUGGAAACUGAACAAUAGUGUUUUAUACGCAUAUUUUUAUUCCGACAAUGCCAAGAAUGCCCUUGGGUGUUUUCAUUUGUUAUAUCGAGAGUUUAUCAAUAUGUUUCUCGCAAGACCAUUUAGAUUAAAGAAUUUAUAAUAGAUAUAUAUCACAAAGAUGUUUAAUAUUGAGAAAUUGCAUUCUCUAUACAAGAAUAACUGCAUAAUUUGCACAAUAGAAAAGUUAUUUUUUCUUACUGUGUAUUUUUAAUUAAUACCAAUAUACCCCUUUUGUGUUAUUAGAAAAAAAAAAUACUCUAAAUGUAUAUUGGCGAUAGAAUUAAUGUCUUUGUCUCUUUUUUUUCUUCUUUUCGACAACCUUUCUUCUUUUUUUUUGUUUCUGUUUUUUUUUUUGCUUCUGUAAGAACUGUAAUUUUUAUGUUAAUUUCACUUAACAAACUUUAACUUUGGUUUUGAUCGGUGACAUCCGCUGCUAAAAAUUACUCCACAUCUUCUUAUACAAGCAAGAAUCGCAGCAUCACUGCGCAAUCACGCCGUCCCUCUCCGUGAAGUCAGACCGUCCGUGGCGAAUAAAAGUGAUAGAACCAAAAUCGGGAUCACUUUAGCUAGGUGUUGGAUAUGAUCCGAGAAGGCAAACGGCAAUGAAUGAAUCUUUAGAACCUAAGACUCAAAAAACAAGUUUCACAAUCGGCUCAGUAGUUCUGCUAAUAAAGAAACAAAUAAGAGUUAUUAGGCGUAACAUUGAUGUCGAGAAAAUGGUGCAUGGGGCCGAGAAGUGUUGAAUUAAAUUGUCUCGAUGAUAUUGCCAAGAAGAAAAAGCCGUUCAUCGACAUAGACAUGUCAUAUAAUAUCACAUGUCCUUUUUUCUUUGUGCUCCAACUUGUUAGUUUCAGACUUAAUUUUUUUUAUUAUUAUUCUACAUGUUAAAACUCUUUAUUACCAAAAGGCACUUAUGAUAUUUUUUGUGUUUUUAUAAUGAAAGGUACUCCCGUAAAAAAAAGUUUUUGUUUUUAGAAAACCCUUUGAAUUUUAAUGAUGGGAUGCUUUUUUCUAAAUAUUUUUUUUUCUUAAUUCACAUUUCAUAUUUUUUUUUACUUAUGAGAUACUGGAUCUAAACUCUAAAAUAACAAGCUUAACAUAAUAAAAAUAAAAAUUAACUAGAAAUACACAUAGUAUUUGUUAAUAUUCAUAAAUAUUUUCUUAACUUGUUCUUUUAUGAACAUAUAUUAUACCAAUCUGAAUCCUCAUUAUUACAAAAUUAAGACAUCACUACAAUCAACUAGGCUUCAUAUCCUAGUCUGCUUAUUUAUUUUUAUUAAAUAUUAUUUUUAUAAUUUUUCAGUGAGCAUAUAAUAUAUUAUUAAGGACAUUUAUAAACGCAGCGACAUUUUUCCUGUUUUUUUGGCCCAAUACAAGUACCAACUCCGUUGGCAUUUUUUCUCUUGCACAAAUAGACACAACUUGAACCGGAACAUGGAGCACUAUCUGAAACACCACCUCCAGGAAUACUAUAUUCCUUUGUAUUUAGAAUUUCAGUACAAUUUUUGUUUCCAUAUGUUUCAUUCGCCACUAACCCUGAUAAAAUAUAACGAAGACAUAAAAAUAUUAGUUUAUAUAUCUUUAACAAGAUAAAGUGUAAGAGUAUUAUAUAUUUUAUGAUAGGUUGGAUUGGUGAAUAAAAUCAUAACAAGACUUUUAGUGGUAAGUGGUUACAUAAUAGUUCAACAAGAAAGUAAGAAGAAGCAAUAAGAGAAAGCGGUUAAAAAACUAAUAAAAUCUUUUUAAUUUUAGCUUUUGAUACUGUUUUUUUGAUUGGUAACAAUGAAAAUGGUACAACUUUUACUGAAACAGUAAAAAGUUACUAAUCAAAACAAAUAUAAAGGUUAAAAAAAAAACUAAAAACAUCUAUUUUUGUGAAACAUAGUAGAAAUAUAUAUAUUUGUUACGGUAUAUAAUAUUAUAUUUCAAAACUUCUAUUAAUUAACAAAAAUAAAUUAUAGUCAAAGAAAAUUAACAACUUUAAUUUUUAAAUAAAAAAUAUAUUUUAUAAAUUUUUACAUUGCCCUAUCAGUUUUACUAGAACAACGACGAUUAACGUAAUAAUAGAGUUUGCUUUCUCUUAGUAGAUUCAAUAAGUAAACCAAAACGAAAAUAUUAAACUAUGAAAAGAUUUGUAAGCCUAUUGUUUAUGUUAGUGUCCUUAUGUUACUAUCAAGGUUUGAAUUUAAUGUUAAACUGUGAUGAUUUUUUUGGGUCUAAAACUGUUACGAUUUGUACAAAUAUUACUAUAAAAAUGUAUAUUUUGCGUAAAAUUAAAUAUUCAAACCUAUUGCGAUGAUGAUGAAUGUAGCUAUAAUGGGACUCGAUAUUUGAAAGAGUUUCUUCAUCUCAAGUGCUUUGAACAAAUUGAUAAUGAUUUUUGGGGCUAUAUAAAACUAGUAUAUUAAGAAAACUUAAACGUAUAUCACCUUUUAUACAUCUAAUUUAAUUUAUAUACCUCCUUAAAUUUUGCUUUGGCGGAUGUGGCUCUCCAUUGCUUUCUGUUUUUUCUAAUAUUUUUUUUUUUAAGAUUUACAACUACAUUUUUUUUUUCAACCCCACAAUUAAAGUACAAUACAAUUUUUUCAUUGGUGACUUAGUCUAGAAGAUAAAAGUUUUCUAAAAAAAAUUAAAACCUGUUGAACAUGCUAAAAUAUGAAUCUCUCCAUUUAAAAUAUGUGGUAACAAAAUAAAAUAAGGAAACACCAAACCUCUCUCGGAAAAAGGAGAACUCAUCCACCAAAUUGGAUAAAACGACAUGUUCCUCUCCUUUAUUGGUUAAUACACCAAACCUAUCUUGAGAACAUCUACCCACCCACAGAAAACCCAAAAGAGCUUAGCAGGGGCGGAUCUACUUACAUAGAAGGUGGGGCACGUGCCCCAUACUAAUUUUAUAAAUUUUUGUUUGUAACAAAAUUUUGAAUAAAGGAAUCUAGCAUAUUUGGUUAAAUUGGGAAAAUAGUUCCACAUCCUCUUACGUGUGACCAUAUUUUUCUCCCAUCUUUUAUUUUAUUUAUGUUGUUAAUGUUAUGUUUACAUGUCUCAUGAUUAAUUUUCAUUCUCAUAUUUUUAUUUUUAUCGUUUCUUGUUAAAUUAGUUUUAUAUUUCUAAUUUGAUCAGCUUUGUUUCAUUAAUAAAUAUCAAUCUUGACUUACAAAUUUUUUUAAUCUGUUUUCUCUUUUUCUAGAAAAAUAAAUAGUUAUGUUUUAUGCAUAUUAAAACAUAUUCAAUCUGAUAAUAAUACAUUAUUUUAUAUAAUUAACUAUUUUAAUAUUUUGGACCAAUUGUAAUUCAAAAAUACAAUUAUUUUUAAAAGAUUAAAAUUUUCCAUUAUUAACUCAUAUGAUAUGUAUUGAAAUGUAAAAUAAAUCUUCUAAAAACA